CAGACGUCCACCAACUUCCUAUACCUGUCAACAGUCAUCACCAUCAAAAUGAAUUCUUUCAUCACCAUCAUCACUCUCCUUACCGCAUUCGCAGUUGCCACUCCGGCCGUGUCCUCUCAGACCAAGGCUUGCACGCGCCCUUGUUUCUCGGAAGCAACAGAGUGUGGUGAGGGCUGGGAACCUGUUCACUCUGGUGAAUGUUGGUUCUGCUGCGAAGUCUAGAGGGCGGUUGGAUGAAGCUGCGAAGGACUUGAGGCAUCAUACGAGGCAGAUGAGGAGAUGCUCGCGAGCUAGGUGAAGCCAAAGAGGUUAAUUACAGAGAAUGACUAUAGGAUGAUCUACUCAUGCGACACAAUCGGGAUUAGUUCUAGAUGAAAGCAGUAGUAUGGCA